GCUAGGUAUGAUGAUUAGGGAGAAAAGUUGGUCCUCUUUUGCUUUGAGCCUUUGAGAAUAUGGUUGCUGUAGUAUCGCCAGCAUAAUGCAAAAACUGGACAAGGUGCUCCCUGAACAAUUGGGUGCUCAAACCUCAAAGACAAUUUCACUCGAAACAGCAUUGAGGAUCUGCCGUAAAACAUCGGCCUUGGGAGAUAGGGCAUCUGCGCUUGCCAUGAAUGUCCUCGUCGUCGUCGCCGUCGUCGUGGUCUUCUUCUUCUUCUUUUUGAUCUAGAACUACAAUUAAGUGAUACUCCAGAUGUUUGACUAGUGGAUAACAUUUGUUGAACCCAAAGUCUCCAUUUUGUAGCUAGGGAAGUUGAAGUUUUUAGCUUUAGCUUGGUGGGCACUGUACAAGUUCAAGCAACUAUGUAUAGUGCAAAUGAUGAGUUGCAUUCUGUUUAUAAAAGCGGCUCGAUAUAUGGACGCGCUUCUGAGUUCGGACUUCGGACCUCUUACACACACAGCCAAGGCACAGACGAAUCCAGCAUUCCCAGCGGCACAGAUGAAUCCAGCACACGAGCCUCUAGCUGGCCGUGUGGCCAUCGUGACGGGAGGCUCCGGGGGCAUCGGCUCCGCGGUGGCCACGCACCUGGCGUCGCUCGGCGCCCGCGUCGUCGUCGGCUACAUCGGCGACUCGGCCCCCGCGGACCAUCUCGUGGCGUCUCUCAACUCCUCGUCGGCCGCCGCAGACAACCAUCGUGAGCCGCCGCGCGCCGUGGCGGUGGCGGUGGCCGUGGACGUGUCAGACCCGGCGCAGGUGGCGCAGCUGUUCGACGCGGCGGAGGCGGCGUUCGGCCCUGACCUUCACGUGCUGGUGGCGGCGGCGGGGGUGCAGGACGCGUCGUACCCGCGGAUCGCCGACACGUCGCCCGAGCAGUGGGACCGCGCGUUCGGCGUGAACGCGCGCGGCACGUUCCUGUGCUGCCGGGAGGCGGCGCGGCGGCUGGCGCGCGGCGGCGCGGGCCGCAUCGUCACCUUCUCGUCGUCGAACGUGGCGUCGCUGAGGCCCGGGUACGGCGCGUACGUGGCCACCAAGGCGGCCGUGGAGGCCAUGACCAAGGUGCUGGCCAAGGAGCUCGGAGGGACGGGGAUCACGGCCAACGCCGUCGCGCCGGGCCCCGUCGCCACGCCCAUGUUCUACGCGGGCAAGUCGGAGGAGCGCGUCGCGGCCGCCGCGCGCGAGUGCCCCAUGGGGAGGGUCGCCGACCCGGCGGACGUGGCGCCCGUGGUGGGAUUUCUUUGCACCGACGCCGCCGGGUGGAUCAACGGGCAGGUCAUCCGAGUCAACGGCGGCUACGUGUGAGGAGCCUAGCUUGUUGUGGGCGCUGGACGUACGGGUUUCCAUUCCAUGCAUGCUUUCCCGACGUUCGCCCUAAACAAAACUUUACGUCACUGUGUGUCAGUACAGUGUCACCAAACCAUGACGCCGGACAAGACAAAUUCUACGUACUUGGUACUCCUUUCCUCAAUAAACAGUCCGUUCGCUUGUCGGACGUUUUUUUUUUCAUGCUAGUACUCUGGUUUUCUCUCAUAAUAAAUCAACGAAUAAUACUUUCAAUUAUAACUUUUCAGACAAA